UUCCCGCUCUCAGGCGUUCUGCUCUGCCGGACAAGUGACAGCUUCUCGUCGCACACCUCAGCUGUGACACAACGACUCCGAGCUCCACAGACACACAACAGUUUAAUACUAAGUAGUCAAGAUGUCGCGGAUGGUGGUGAACCAGCCGCAGCCUGUGAUGGAAUCCAGGGAGUCGGACGAGUGGGGAUCAGGGAUCUGUGACUGCUGCCAGGACGUCCCUGAGUGCUGUUUUGCUUUCUGGUGCUGUCCCUGCUUCGCCUGCAUCACCACCAGGGACUACGGGCAGUGUCUCUGUCUCCCCCUGCUGGACAUGUUUGGUCUCAUCCCGCCCGCCGCCAUGUCCAUGAGAGUCUCCAUGCGGCAGAGAUACGGAAUCAAAGACACCAUGUGCAGGGACUGCUUGUUCUCCACCUUCUGCAACCCCUGCAGCUGGUGCCAGAUGUCCAGAGAGAUGAAGAAGAGGAACAUCUCGGUCCUUCUGGUCGGAGCCAAACACACAUGAGACACAAGUGAAGAACCCUCGACCCCUCGUCCCUCGUCACACGAAAAGGACGAGGGACCUCAAGUCAGACUGAAAACCUCCAGCAGUGAAUGUUUGCCUGAAAUAUCAAAAUUAUUUAAGCUGCUAAAAAGAGAAAUGAAUGGAAACAUGUGGAUUUUUGUGUCUUUUCUGCUGAGACUAAAAUUGAAUUCUUA